GACGCCGAGCUGUCGUCUGGACAAAGUUGACGAAACAUUUUUGUGAUGCGAAGCAGUUUUAGAAGAUAAGCGGCGAUGACAGCAUUUUUUACCUUAUCGAAAAGAAUAAGGCGUCAUAAUAAACAAAAAGUAGUAUUUGGAAGUUGUGAGAUAGAUCGACAUGUCAAAUUUUGUCAGGUGCCAGAGUAACAAUGAUAACAAAGACGAUGACAAUUAUCGUAACAGAGAGAUAAUUAUAUCUCGAUGGUCAAAGGUUGGAAAAUACACACAGGAGUACAAGCACAUACAGUAAAGAUGUCAGAAAAUGUGACUAGGUAAACAAGGUUAUCCAGUUCUUGCUAUGAGAGAUGAAGUGCAGGGCUUGUAGGGAGACCAUCGUUUUGUGGACGAGGACGUGUCGUCCAUCACCAGCUUGUCUUGCACGGCCGUCCUGCCAUUUUAUCAGCAAUUAAGUUUGCGAGGCCACUGGUCUUAAUCUUCCGAUCAGUGGGCGAGGCGCAUCGAUUACUAGAAAUGUGGGAAUUAAUUUGCUGCACAGUGUUUUUCGCUUCACUUGUGGUGUACGUGAUUUAUGUGCUGCGACCUACUGAUACAAGUCAGGCAGCAUCGUCAACUCUGGAUGCUUUCAUUCGAAAUGAUCAGGUGAUAUCAGAGUUAUCCAAGGAUAAAAAGAAAUAUCAAACACGGUUUUCUGAAGAUGGUAGGCAAAUACUCAUCUUGUAUGGCACUGAGUAUGGCUUCAGUGAAGAAAUAGCAUAUCUUUUAUUUGACAGGCUGAAGUGUUCAUCAGAAAACAGCAGUGAGCAUUGGCAGCCAAGAGUUUUGAAUGUCAAGCAUCACAAGCACAUUCACUGGGAAUUAGAGAAUGUGUGUUUCAUUGUCAUAUCAACAAGCGGAGAUGGAGUCCCGCCAGCAGAUGCCAGAGAAUUCAUGUCAUUUGUGAUGGAAGAAGCCUCAGAUUUGAGUCAUUUGGGUUAUUCUGUACUGGCACUUGGUGAUUCCAGUUACCCCCAUUUCUGCAGGACAGGCAGAAUGCUUGACAGCAGAAUGAAGAUGGUUGGUGGCCAAGUACUGAUCACAAAAAUGGAAGUAGAUGGAGAAGACUGGAGUGCUGUUAACAACUGGAUUGAUGCUGUUGUAAGCUGGGUCCUGUCUUCAGCAGCAAGUCAAUUAGCUGGUCCACCAAGACGAGAUUAUCUUGAUGUAUCCAGCAUAGAAAAGUCAGAUGAUGAUGGUUUCAGCAGAAAUAGACCUUUCAUUGCAACACUUAAAAAUAAAGUAUUACUAACUCGUGUUGAUAAUCCACUCACAGACAGGGAGACAAUCAAGUGUGAAUUUGACAUUUCUGGUAGCAACUUAAGGUGGACUUCAGGUGACGCAUUGGGUAUCUACCCAAUGAAUAACCCCAGUACAGUAACAAGGAUACUUUUCCUUUUGCAUUUUACUGGAGAUGAAAUGGUGCAAGCACCUUCACACCAUUUUAGUCAGGGAACCAUAUCACUUAAAGAGGCUCUGCUUAAAUGCUAUGACAUAAAAUGUGUUCCUGAUGCAACAUACUCAUCAUUGAGAGAUCUUAUGGCACAUCCUGUUCAUAAAAAUCCAAAUAAAAUGACUGAUGAGUUGGAGAAGGAGUACCUGGCUACACGAGAACUGAUUGAUGUUCUGGAAGACUUGACAUCUUGUUCUCACAGUUCCCCAACUAUUGAGCAACUGUCAUCUUCUCUCCACACUUUAAGACCCCUUCAGCCACGUUUCUACUCUAUUGCCUCCUCUCCACUUUUGGACAACAGCACAGUGACAGUGAUAGCUGCUGUUGUUCGUUACACCGCAGGUGGCAGAGAAAGAGGAGGUGUGACCACAACUUUUUUGCAAGAUCACCUAGCACCAGGUGGACAGUGCCCAGUAUUUAUCAGUCAUAACCCCGAUUUCCGUUUACCUGUUGAUCGGAAUGUACCUGUAAUUCUCAUAGGUGCUGGAACUGGUCUUGCUCCAUAUAGAGCCUUUCUACAAGAACAGGAACUAGCAAACAACUUUGGCAAGACAUUUCUGUACUUUGGAUGUCGUCAUAAUGAAUGGGAUUACCUCUGUCAACAAGAACUUGAAAAGUGGGCUGAUAAAGGCAUUCUUCACUUGCGAGUGGCAUUUUCCCGUCAGCAGCAGUUCAAAGUCUAUGUUCAGGAUUUAUUGAUAGAGGAUUCACAUCAAAUAUGGCAGCUUAUAAAUGAGGAAAAUGCCACCUUGUAUGUUUGUGGUGACGCACGGAAUAUGGCAAGAGAUGUUGAUGCAGCUCUGACGUCUAUUGUAGAGAAAUGCAAAAAAGUGUAUAGCCAAGAUGCAAAAGAGUAUAUGUCAAAUUUGCAAAAUGCAGGACGAUACCUGAGAGAUGUAUGGAUAACUUAAAUUAAAAAGCAAGUCUUUUAUUUGUUUUAUAAAAACCUCCAAGCAUUUACUCCUUGUAGAUUGCUAAAUUGCUAUCACAUUUGUUUUGCUUUGUUAUGUUUCUGUUCGAAGUCCAAUCAUCGCCUACUCCAACUUUAUAUAUGAAAUAAUUUAUAGAUAUAUAAUUUAUAUGUUUAUAAAUGUACAGUUCAUUUUUACAUUUAAUGCAUCACUAGAUUUUCUAGAAUCACUAGAAGGAAAAUGAUUUUGUUUAGGACGUUAGAUGUUUAGGACCAAAGCUUUACCUUGUGCCAUAUGUUUGGAGAAGCCUGACUAGUAGAAUAUUUUUCAUGUUGUUAAAUAGUAAGGAACGUUUUAGACAUUUAUAGGCAAAUGCAUGUUUUGUCUAGUAAACAUGGAGGAUAUUUGCAAGGUCUUUAGAGAUAAAUCUACCAUAAAUCUUACUGUACAAAUACAUGUAAGCAAGUACAUCCAUAUGAUGACACACUAUGCAAAUUUAUUGUUACAUUAAUACUUUUAUUUGUAGUAUGAUUUUGUUCAGUAUAAACAUUUACAUCUUUUGUUAUACCCCUGUGAGAUAGUUAAUGAAGUAAACGUUUUUAAAAAAAACUAAAAAUGACUGAAAAUGGGCUGUUUAGUGCAUUUCAACAUAAAUUAUAAGGAUAA